AUGGGUCUUUCAUACAAUACGUACUUAAACAGCGACAAGAUAUACGGCUGCAAAGGCUGCAAGACGCAUUUAAGCACGCACGAUGAGAUUAUUUCACGGAAUUUCCGCGGCCAACACGGCAAAGCCUAUCUCUUCGGUACCGUGGUCAAUAUCGUCCCCGGUGAACCCUCCGAACGCAAUAUGACGACCGGACGUCAUAUCGUGCGAGAUAUCACUUGUAAACGGUGUAAUGAGACGGUGGGCUGGAAAUACGAUAAGGCGUAUGAGGCGAGCGAGAAGUAUAAGGAAGGGAAGUUUAUUUUGGAGGCUGAGCUGUUGUGUAAUGUUAGUUAG